UUAUUGUUUGACUCUCUUUUUUGUUAGAAAAAGGUAUAUAGCUAGGAGUCAAUUAAAAUUUCAAACAGAACGUAGAAAAUACCCACGGAACCAGCGGGAUUUCAUUUAAUGAUUUUUUCAUCGCUUUUUAUCUUUAAGUCGGUUAUUUAUUUAUUACAAUACAACAAAGCUUGAGAUGACUGUGAACUCCCGAUAUACUGCGUUUAAAAAUACAACUGACAGUUCAUUAUCUUUUUUUACUUCAUGGGUUUGGUUGCAUCUGUUGCCACUGAUUCCUGGUGAAUACUAAAAAAAAUCGUUAUUAUCCGUAAAAAGACAAAUAUAUUAGGUCAAAUAAACACAGCGUAAAAGACUUCAAUCAAUCAAAAGUCCACAAUACGAUACAAACGAAACUUCAGAUUGUGUAACACUAACCCCGCAAAACUUUAGGCAUGAACUCGUGUGUUCCGGAAGGGUAAGUUGUUCCUGUUUCAUUAGUGUCAAAUUAAUCCCGGUUGCCGGUUGCAAUGGAGAGAAAAAUAUGGAGCACGUGUGUUGAAUAUAAAAAAAUACAAUAAAACAGCGACAGAAUGGACACGAAAAUAUGCCAUGUGACAUGUGGUCAACUGGAAUUUAGUAUAAAUGGUUUUUAUUUUAAUUUUGUUAAUUUCUACAUUUUGUUACUAAAUAUAUUUUCGUUUACAAACAUUUUAUAGACGCUAUUUUUGUUUUAUAUAUUUGUAAAGAUUAAAUUCUGUGAAGUUUAUUUUCUCCCACUUUCUAUUAGUCCACAUGUUGUUCAGUGAAGGCUUUGUUUAAGUGCAGUUAAGAUUAAAAUGUCUUGAUAAGCAGUUUUAAAUUCUUACAAGAUAAUGGCAAAGAUUGUUCCAAACAUAUUAUACAAUUAUUUUGAUUAUUUUGUUUUCUGAAAAUAUUCACAUAUUUUUCACUUUUGAAAAGAAUUUUAGUACUUUGAAAGACCACUUUCGAGUUAUGUCCUUCAGGAAAAGUUCGUUGAAUAUGCAUGCCUUUAUGACGUUAUUAACCAGAUAGACCGCAUGUAUCCCUGCAAUAUUAAAGUUCAUGAAGCGUUUUCGUGAUCGUCAUUAAGCAGGAUAAACUAGGUACUUAACCACAAUUCCUAAUGACAGCAGUGCUAAUAAUCAAUUAUAAGAAUUAAAUUUUUCGAAUAAUUCGUGCAAUAUAUAGCAUCAUAUAUUUUCUCAACCGCUUGCUCAACAUGGGAAGGAAGUGACGAUGCCCCUAAACGCACGAAUGAUGUUCACUGAAACCAAAGUUUUUGACGGAAAUGCAAUGAACUCGAAGGUGGUCGAUUUGCUGUUAUUUAUCAACUUGGUUAUAUAUCGUGUUAAUAUAUUUAUGGAGAGAGAGAGAGAGACUGCAUAAUAAUAGACUUGGAUAAUUUGUCGACAAAAUGGCUAAAAAUAUCCCUAUAAGUACUUCCCAUAAGCACCUUAGAGUAAACUUCAGUAGUGACGCAAAAUGGAACAAUGGAACAAUCAUACUGACAGUAUACUUAUAAAUGUAAACUUGAGUACCGGCUGACUCGAUAUAAUUUAGAAAAAAAUCUACCUAGUUUUUAUUAGACCCAUUUUUGAAUAUGCCACGGAUAAUUCUGAUAUAAUUCUGAGAUAUGUUAUUCAAAUAAAUUAGAAAACUUGCAAUUCGGAAAUAAAAUUAAUAAAUAAUUAAACCAAAGCAAAGUUACAACGUAUUAUCUGUACGGUCCGAGGAAACUGAAUAUUAUUUUAACUCAGUUGCGAUGUUCCGCCUCAUUUUAAAACUUUUACCUUUUCAAAGCUAACAUUACAGGGGAUCCUUCCUGUCAGUGUGGGUCUGAUAUUGAGGAUGUUCAUCAUUUCUUCUUCGUUUGUUCAAAACACACUACAUGUAGAGAAACUUUACUCUAUAUUUUUGUCUUUGCGUUGUCAUAAGAUUUUUGCAAUUGGCGUCGUCGGUUUCUAUUCGACUUAUGAGUUUUGAAUAUCCCAUUGUUUUCUUCCGACUUUUUAUUUUAAUUACUUUUAAAAUAUUUUAUGUGCGUAACUUUAGGAACUUGUGAUACCUUAAAACAAUACAGAAGCGAUUGUUAUCAUGUUAUAACAUUGCAGGGUUAUUCAUGUUUUAUAAACCACUAGAAAGUAUCCUGCGCAUGAAGAAUACCUUCGACUCUUAAAGAACGACCAUUUGAUAAUCGGCAGGGGAUGGGGGGAUCGAGAUUUUUUAGGGGACGAAUACUCAUUUUCACCGAUUUAUUUUUUCGCCUUGCAAAAAUUACUUUUACUUUUGUACACAAAUGUUUCCUGCAUUUUCUAUGGCAGAAUCUUCAUUUUUAUCUUGUCGUUAUUUUUUUUAGUCUUUAUUAGAACAGAAUAUUCAUUUUCAACAUCCACCUGCCUUCCCCUCCUGAAGAUCGAAUGGUUAUUCCUUUUAUUUUUCUUAAUUUUCGUUUGAAUGAAUUUACCAGUAAAUAAAAUAGUCUCGUAAUUGAAAUAAUCAUCGUUGAUAAACAAAGACAGAUUAAAACAAGGAAAUUAAAUAUUCUCGACAGUCUAUAAUAUUUGUUUAAUUGGAUUGUUGUAAAAUGAGACAACACCAAUAACAUCAAAGCGUAUCGUAAAUACCCGAAUGUGUUAAUUGUUAGUAAUUAUUGAUUACACGGAAUAACAAAAGGAUCUGAAAGGCUGAACAAAGUUAAACACAACUGGAUCCCUUCUUACAUCUAAGUGCCUAGUGUAAGUAUUUGUGACGUCAAAGACUUUCUAGAAUUUUCUAUGUAUAAAAAAAUUUAAUUUUCAAAAAUACAUACAAAAUGCAGUUUGUAAAGAAACGCAGGGAGGUUUAUGCUUGUAAGAGCUUAUAUGCCAUUCCGAGUUCAACCUGAUAAAUCUAAACAACAAUUGUUGUAUAUCACCUUCAGUAAGAGCCAAGCAAUUUCCAGAAAAUCGAAAAAUUCGUUCAUUUAAUAUUAUAGAUAUAUUAGAAUUAUUCGGUAUAACGUAACAAAUAUUUUAUGAGCCAUAUGUCAACUUAUGCACCGUUCGCGUUUCGGUCCUCUCCCAGUGGCCUUUUUUUUUAAAUAUUACUCUCAAUUUGAUAUGCAAAUGAAAAAUGUAUAGACCAAUUCUAAAAAUGAUAACGGUGCUUUCCUGAUCUUUGAAUUAUUUUUUUUAAUUUUCUUAAUACGAUUUGAGCCAUGAUUUCGUUACAACAAAAUGUAUACAAAUGGCGGAAAUUCGAUUGAAAAAGGUAAGUAAUCACAAAGUAAACAAAAUCCUUCUUUCAUGCAAUCAACCAAAACGAAAACGAAAACUACACCAACUUACAAUUUCUUUCAUCAUGUAAUACAUAUUAAUAGUUUCUGAAAUAAGGCCAACUUUUUGCAGGCAUUUAGAUAUAGAUUCUGACUAGAAGCAAAAUAGAGGCGAAAGAUACCAAGUCGAAAACAAACUGACAAUGCUAUUGCAAAUGCAUGAAUACAAAAAAAAAUGCUCACAUUUUAUAGGGAUUAUUGCUUUUAACAAGUUUAAAUGACAGUUUUUGAUUACUUUUUGUGUGUUUUGCCUUUUAUCUCAAACACUUUUUUUUAGAGAGGCAGAAACUUUAAACAACGUAAAUUAGCAGCAAUGCAAGAUUUGCAAACAUGCUUAGUGACCGAAAUCAUUAGACGACUCUUUUUAGGAGUUAUUGUCCUUAAUGACAAUUUUGAAUAUUUUUUGUUGUUUUGCCGAAUAAACGAAAACUACAAUAGGUAUGAACUAACGAAAAUCACCAAUACACAAAAAAUUAUAAUAUGACAGACAUAAUUGGACGUUUUCCUAAAGGAGUUAUUGUCCUUUAAUGUCAUUUUUUUAAUAAUAUUCAAGUUUUUGCUAACUAUUUCGAAACCAAUUAUAGAUAUAUUUUUGACCGAUGAGCGAUUCAGGCUAUUAGGAGCCUCUUGUUCCAACAUAACCAUACCGAAGCUACUUGAUCGGGACGUCAUCUCUAAUUUAAUAUUUGAUAGACGCUUUAUAUUAGGAACUUAUGGAAUUUUCUAAAUAUCCUCGUCUAGGUUGUUCGUCAGGCCCAAUAGACGAUAACAGUAAGUUUGUAAACUGCAUUUUGAGUAUUAUAGGCUAAUAUCAUAUAGAGGUUUAAUACAUGGAAAAGGUCUGAUUCAAAAACAGUUAUCAAAUUAAAUAGACAACCUGUUUCAAAUAGUUAAUUCAAAUUUAUUUCAGUGUGUUCCGAUCUGGAUACCGUUUCACUUUAAAUUGAAAGAGAUGUGGGAACUAUUUCAGUUUAAUCAAAAGAGAUGUGGGGAUUAGGUCAAUCAAAUAGCAAAAGAUCGAUACAAAUAACCAAAAAACACCAAUAGAACAACUUAAUGUCGUUAACAACAACCAGGUGUCUUUACAAAGUAUCAAGCUCUAAAUUGUCUUGAAUCUAUAAAAUUUGUUAAUAUUGGAAAGGGGGAGGGGAUAACGGAUAGCACAACAACCACCAGCACCCAUCUCUUUCAAAACAAUGGACUAAUAAAUACAGACAAAUAACGACGGAACAUAGGGUUCAGAUAAAUUUGUACUAACCAACCAACAAUUAGGUGGUAAGAUAAUUUAAUCAUGAACUAUCAAAGAUCUGCCAUUGCACAAAAGUUCAAAAUCACCAAAACACAUUAAGGUAUGGCAUAAGACGACUACUUAUUGCGUUCAUUGAUUGGGAUAGACAUGGUCGUGAUUAAUGAAAAACAUCUUUACUGAAUCUGGAGCUGAUGUCAAUUAGCUAUGAUAGAUUAAAUCAGAUAAACGAUUGAUAAAAUGUAAAAGCAUUAUAUUUGAGAUAUAUAUAAUAACUAAUAAUGUAUAAUUUUAGUCUGAAAAAUUUAAAAGAUAUCUCAGUCAUUUAUCUAUUUCUGUCUGUGAAUUUGUUAAAAAAAAUGAAAACAACAUGUUAUAAAUUUAAUGCGCCCGAAGCAGUUUUCUGGAUUUACCUUCAUCAGGAACGCUCAAAGCCGAAUAUUUGAAAUCCGUGGGUGUAUAAGAACCAAAAUAGUUGAAGAGCUAUAUGACCAAAAAGGAACCUAAAAUAAAACCAAAUCCAUCUAAGGACAACUUUGCCUGAGGGAGUUGAAACCUCAGUUUCUUUAUAAUUUAAAAAUUUAUAAACGGACAAUUUUAGUAAUGUUUGUUAUAAAUCAUGUCAGUACCGAGGUACUGACUACUGAGCUGAUGCAACCCUCGUGUAAGUGUUUAGACAUAUUAACGUAGGAAAUUGAAUUUUAGUCUAUUAAUUUUUAAAUUAGUUGAUGAACAAGGAGACAACACUUAUAAAACCUGAUCGUUAAAACCCGAAUUUGUUAACUGUUAGUAGUAAGUAAUGAUAACAGAGAAAACAGAAGAAUCUGAAAGGAUGUAAUUAGCAGACUUAAGAACACUAAAACACAACUUAACUGGAUAGGUCUUUACAUCAAAUAUGAAUAUUUGUAACUUCAAAAACAUUCCAUAAUUUUCUAUUGUUGGGAAACUUUAAUUUCAAAUGUAAAUACAAAAUGCAUUUGUAAAUAAACGCAUAAAGAUUUAUGCUUGACAGAGCUUAUAUGUUAUGCGAGUUCAACCUGAACAAUCUGAACUACGGGUAUUGUAUAUCUAUUUAAGUGAUUGCCACGCAAUUUCCAGAAAAUCAUUCGUUUAGUAUAAUAGAUAGAUUAGAAUUAUUAGGGAUAUCGUACAAUAUAAUUCAUGUGAAUGAAUUAACGCAUUUCGGUCUUCACCAAUUUUUUUUUUUUCUUUUUCAAUAUAACUCUCAAUUUGAUUUACAACUAAAAUGUUGUGUAUCAAUUCUAAAAAUAAUAUCGGUGGUUUUAUGACCUUUAAAUUCUUUUGUAUGCUUUCAAUAUCAUUUUCGGGAAACUUAGUUUUUCAUAAAUGCAUACAAAUGGCCGAAAUUCGAUUGGAAAAGGAACUUUUAGAAAUUUCUAAAGAUCCUCCUCCAGGUUGUUCAGCUGGCCCAUUAGAUGAUAACAUAUUCAUAUGGGAAGCCAUGAUAGCUGGACCAUAUGAUGAUGAAAAAAGUCCUUACGCUGGAGGAGUAUUCUUCUUACGAUUAACGAUCCCCAAUAAUUACCCUUGGCAACCUCCAAUGGUUAAAUUUCUCACAGAUAUUUACCAUCCAAAUGUUAAACAAAGCUCGAGGGAUUUGUGUUUAAACAUACUUAGUUCAGGGUGGUCGCCAGAUUUAACCAUAUCAAAAUUAUUGCUAUGUAUAAAAGCAUUAUUAGAUUCUCCAGAUCCUAAUGGUGGAAAAUUGAGUUUAUCGGAAGCUUUGACAUACAACAGAACGGCGGCUGAUUGGACACGAAAAUGUGCAAUGUUAGAUGAAUAUUAAAUAUGUUAUAUCAA